ACCUGAGACACCUAGUGCAGCGAUGCCUGAGUUUAGAGUCAUUUGAUUCUGAAAGUGCAUCGAAAGGCCAAGAGGUGUCUCUAGGGAGGACAACAGCUGGGGGGAUGGGGCUGAAUGCUUUGGCUGAGAGGUACCUAGGCCGAACUUUAGACAAAGACUGGAGAGUGAGAGCCAGCGACUGGGAAGCAAAAAUGCUGACCAAGAGACAGAAAAGAUAUGCUGCUGAGGAUGCCUUAGUGGGAAUACAUAUCCUAAUAGCCUUGAUGGAGAAACUGUGGACACUUGAUUCUGCAACGACCCCAUUCCUGCCGAAGCCUUUAUGGCAACAGAGACUCAGUCAGGCAGUGCACCAGGCCUGUUGUGGACUCCUCGAUAUCAAAUUCACUUCUGCUAAGAGGAAUCAAGAUGCAGGCAGUGCCAAAGGUGGCAACAUUCCCCCCAACAAGCUCAAACCACAUGCACGUGCCUAUUCCCUCCGCCAAGGCCCCCUCUACCACAACUGCCAGUUGCGGGCUCCAGAUGACCAGCCAUUAUGCACCAUUGAUCCAAAGAAGGCAUACUGGUAUGUGGCAAAGGGGUUGGGUGUGCUGGUAAGUGAAGAGCCCUUGGUUGUGCGCCUCAAGUUUGAGCCUGCUGGUCGCCCUCAAGCUGAACUUCAGGAUGGCCAGUUCUACCUGCAGGAGCGCCAAAACUUAUGCGUGGUGUGUGGCAAGGACAGUUCAUAUAUUAGGAAGAAUGUUGUGCCCCAUGAGUACCGCAAAUACUUUCCAGCGAUCCUGAAGCACCACCAGAACCAUGAUGUGGUGUUGCUCUGCUUAGAGUGCCACCGUGUAAGCAACAUCCGAGAUAAUGCUCUGCGGAGCCAGCUGGCAGAGGAGUGUGAUGCACCUAUCGGCACCGACAAAGAUGUCAAGGCAACGUUCGACAAGGCCAAGAAAGCAGUGCGCUACGCAGCUAGUGCAUUGCUAAGGAAACCUGCUGGCAUCCCUGAGAAGAGGAUUGCUGAGUUGCAAGGUGUUGUUCAGAGGCAUUAUGGUGUGGAGGAGCUCACAAGGGAGCUACUUGAGGAGGCAGCCAACAUGGAGGUCAAGGUUUACAACAAGGAGUAUCAGGCACAUGGUCACAAGGUUUUUGAAGUCUACAGCAAGUAUGGACUCGUCAAGUUGGAGCAGAGAUGGCGGCAGCACUUCCUGUCCUCCAUGAAACCAGAGCACUUACCUGAGUGCUGGUCUGUCACCCACAAUGACUACAAGUUGCGGCUCAAGAUGGCUCGCCUGCCACUUGACCACCCCGACCGCCACAAUUACAAACUGGCUCUUGUGGGAACAGAAGGAACUAUCCAUGUGCCCUAUGACCCCUCACAGGACAGGAGGAGAACUGUGCAGGAAGGUUCAGCACCCAGUAAGGAAGUUACUUGUGAUGAGUCUCCCUCAACUGAGGAGAGUGAGGAUGAGUUAGUGGGUGAGGAGGAAAGGGAAAGAUAUGAUGAGAUAGUGGAGACAAACAGUGACAGUGAGCCCUAUGGAGAGGACAUUAUUCAGGAGUAAAAGACCUGGAAACCUUUCUGUAAUGUAUAUAAAGAUACUCAUAAGCUCUCCUUGAUUUGGAGUUAUGAUAAAGCUUUAGGAUAAGGAAUGAGUUGUACAAAUCUGUAUUUGUUAUGUAAAUUAGUAGUUUUAUACUUUUAUCAAUAUUUU